AUGAAUCAUAGUGAUGAAGAAACUAUGAAGAAAACCAGUGUAGUGAACCUUGAUAAGCUUUUAUAUGACUUCUCAGAGAUAGAAAAGAAAAUAUCAGAAAUCAAUGAUGCAAAUAACCUACUGAUCCAUCAGCUGGAAAGAUGUAACAGAUUGCUAGCAUUAAGCCAAUCAAAGGAGGAAUCAGUAAAAGAGGAGUGCAGUGCUCUACAGAAUGUGAUAAAGGGUCUAACACAAACCAUUGAAAAUCAGUGUAACGUGAAAGAUGAAAAUGAUAAACUGAAGGGAACCAUUCACAUCUUGGAAGAUAAAUUAAAGACUUGUGAAGAGGAGUAUAAAGAUCAAAUUGAGAAACUCAUGACAGAAAUUAAAAACAAAGAGGAAGACCACAAAUUAGAAAUAACACAGCUGAAUUGUGAUACAAGGAAAAAAUUUGAAGUAAAAGAAAUGGAGUAUAGAGAAGAGAGAGAGAAAAAAGAACUGGAAAUAUUAGAGCUUACUAGACAGCUGAAAAUUCAAAAUGAAGAGAAGCAGAAUGAAAUAAUUAAACUGCAGAUAGAGUUCAACGCUAAAUUGGCAAGAGCUCAGGAUAAAACCACCAAGUCCUUUUCAGAAGCUUCAGUGUUGCCACAAAGUAUCUAUCGAAGGAAGCUGCAGCAUCUCCAGGAAGAGAAAAACAAGGAAAUUGAAAUUCUCCGAAACACCAUAAGAGACUUGGAGCAACGUCUUAAUAAAGGCCAAGACCUGUCCUUCAAACGAAGAAGAUUCUGA